AGCUCUUUAAAUUUUACUGCCAAACCAUACACCACCGUUACUCCGUCAAAACCUUCAGGAAAGCAGAGCACAGCACCGCUGAAACAGGUGGUUUCUAUGGCGAACCGCUCGCUCUUUACCACUCUAAUAAGACGCGUCAAGCAUCAACUCGGAGCAACAAGUCCGUGGAGACCCAUAUCCUCAAAAUCAUCACCACUAAACGUUACUGCACAAUCUGGAAUCGGCAACAAAGACCUUAUGAGCGAGAUUCUGAGGCUUAAAUCCCCAAAGCGCAGCGCAAUUACCUUGCUUCAGAAUCGAGCCGAGCAAGGCCACAAGCUCUCAAUCUCCGAGCUUCGACGCAUCACCAGGCAACUAAUUAAGUCUAAACGCCAUGACCACGCACUCGAGAUCGUAACAUGGAUGGAAACUGGAAACGGUUUCUUGAUGUCACCGGGUGAUCAUGCUGUCAAACUGGAAUUAAUCAUCAAAGUGUGUGGUUUAAGAGAGGGUGAAGACUAUUUUACACGAUUAACUGACAGUGCUUCGAAGAAAGCGGCAUGUCUAGCUCUUCUUCAUGGUUAUGUCAAAGUGAGGGACACCAAGAAUGCCGAGGCUCUAAUGGUGAAGUUGAGUGUGAUGGGACUGAUUGUGACUACUCAUCCUUUUAAUGAGAUGAUGAAGCUGUAUAUGGCCACAUCUCAGUGUGAGAAAGUGCCGCUUGUCAUUCAACAGAUGAAGCGAAACAAUCUACCCCGAAAUGUUCUGUCUUACAACCUUUGGAUGAAUGCAUGUGGUGAGGUAUCUGGGGUUGCUUCAGCGGAAAUGGUUUACAAAGAAAUGGUGAGUGAUAAGAACAUACAAGUUGGAUGGAGCACCCUUUCGACUCUGGCUAACGUUUAUAUAAAGGCAGGACUUGUUGACAAGGCUAUUUUGGUCCUCAAGAAUGCAGAAGAGAAGCUGUCUACUUGUAACCGGCUUGGUUAUUUCUUCCUCAUUACACUGUAUGCCUCUUUGAAUGAUAAGGAGGGAGUAUUGAGGCUCUGGGAAGGUAGCAAAGCAGUAGGAGGGAGAAUCACAUGUUCCAAUUACAUGUGUGUACUGUCAUGCUUGGUGAAGCUAGGUGAUAUUGUAGAGGCUGAGAGAAUUUUUAUGGAAUGGGAAUCUAGUUUCCGGAAUUAUGACAUUAGAGUCUCCAAUGUACUUCUAGGUGCUUAUAUGCGGAGUGGAAUGAUAGACAAAGCUGAGUCGUUGCAUCUUCACACAUUGGAGAGAGGUGGGUGUCCAAAUUACAAGACUUGGGAGAUUCUCAUGGAGGGAUGGGUGAAAAGCCAAAACAUGGGCAAAGCCAUUAAUGCCAUGAAGAAAGGAUUUGCUAUGUUGAAGCAUUGUGAUUGGAGGCCAUCACAUGGUAUUCUAAUGGCCAUGGCAGAGUACUUUGAAAAGCAUGGGAGUUUUGAAGAUGCAAAUUGGUAUAUUAGACUUAUCCACCGUUUUGGUCUUGCAAGUUUACCUUUGUAUAAAUCAUUGCUUAGAAUGCACCUUCAAGCUAAGAGACCAGCUUUAGGCAUCCUUAAGAUGAUGGAGAAAGAUAAAAUCGAGAUGGAUGAUGAGACUUCUGCACUCGUUCAAGCCUUCAAUGUUUAAGCAAAGUUGUUGCCAGGGAUUAAGUCCUAGUGGCUUCUAGCAAAGACAUGGAAUACAGUUCAUAUUUUUGGAUUGCCUGAUUUGGGUUUAAAGAUUCACGGGGAAAAAUUGACGCAUGAGAUAUUGGAAGGCAGAUGUCACUUGGGCACAUUUCCUUCAGGGAGAUUGUGGCAGUCAACAGAUAAGAUAAUUAAUUAUCAUUUUUGGAGGUAGCCUUAUGUACGUGCUCAGAGAUAUAAAGACUUCAAGUCAAUGCUGCAGUCAAAAUUUUGUGUAAUUCCUUGCUGUGCUCUAGCAAUUUAUCCUGAGGUCGCAUACAUUCUUUAAUAAGAGGGAUCCCAAGGAAAUCUUGGAACCAAGAAUCGAGUAAAGGCAUGGUCUCUGCAUCAAUCAGCUUUAUGCCUAUGAUUUCCUCAGUCAUUUGAGCCCAGCAUCCAAUCCAGCCAGCAGCAAUAUCAACAAAGCCUAUUGUUUCACCCCCAAUAAAGCGCUUCCCCUCAAGACCACUUUCAAGAAUCUUCAAAUUCUCACAAGCUUCUUUCACAGCUCUCUCUUGUUCCUCCCCCUUUUUGCUAAAUGCAGCCAUCAGUGCUGGCACACACUGAAAAGAGUAGACUGAUUAAUGUUUUUAGAGUUUGAAAUAAGAAUUUCCUAGUCUAUGCUAGUUAGCUUA